AUGCUGAGCGCUGAUUGGCUGCUGGCUCCGGUGACUUUGCGCCUCUUCUUGCAGGACGCGGAGGCUGAAUGCUCACUCAGCACUUAUACCGGCGUCCGCAGCCUCGCGCACAUCACGCACACGUUUGCACACGCACGAACCCACGCGUGGAUCUGCUUUUUUCGCCGGUCACUGCCGCUGGUGCGCGCUCUGAGGAGACUCCUGCCCGCUUUGUUAUGCUGGACCAUGAUCAAGACGUUGCACGUUUACUGUUCCCACACCGCAGCAGCCAGCGGCAGCCAAGGAUUAAAUCACGACUAUGUGUUUGUGAGUCCUGUGGAGGUGGACUCCGAGGGCCUGUUCCUGAGCAAUGACAUGGGCAGACACCGCAGCAGAAGGUCCCUGGCCCCGCCCUCUUCUCUUCACUAUCGUCUGUCCGCCUUCGGUCAGGACAUGACCCUGGACCUGCGGCCCUCGGCUGUGGUGGGCCCUGGCUUCACGGUUCAGACUCUGGGCUCCCACGGCCUCUCCUCGCUCACAGAGGACCCUAACUAUCACAGCUGUCUUUAUCAGGGAAUAGUCCGGAAUGUGUCGUCUUCAUCUGCAGCGAUAUCCACCUGUGCAGGCCUGUCGGGUCUGAUCCGGAUUCGUCAAGAAGAGUUCUUGAUCUCCCCGCUCCCGGAGCACUUGGCUCAAAAGCACAAGCACAAUGCCCCGGAAGGACACCACCCUCAUGUGGUCUACAAACGCUCGGCUGAACACGUCAUACACGGCAGAUCUGCUGAACCAUCCGCCGCCAAUUCUCCGUCAUCCAACAAUGUGCUUCGCCCUGACCACCACCACAACCACACAGACAGGAUGCACUUCUGUGGACGCCGCAAGCAAUAUGGUGAUUAUGUGGUUUGUGGGGGGGGUGGUUUGGUGGUGUUGUUGUGUGGGUGGUGGGUGGGGUGGGUGGUUGGGUGUGUUUUUGGUGUUUUUGUUUUUGUGUUAUGUUGGUUUUUAUUGGUGUUUGGGGGGGGUGGGGUGGGGUGUGUGGGGUGGGGGGUUGGGUGUGGGGGGGGGUGGUGGGGGGGUUGGGUGUGUGGGUGUGGGUGGGUGUGGGUGGGGGGUGUGGUUGGUUGGUGGGGGGUUUUGUGGUGUUUGGUGGUUUUGGGGUGUGUGUGUGGGUUUUUUUGGGGUUUUGUUGUUUGUGGGGUGUUGGGGUUUGUGGGUGUGGGGGGGGUGUUUUUUUGUUUUGUGUGGUUGUUUUUGGUUUUUGGGGGGAUGGGUGGGGAGGUUGGUGGUGUUGGGUGUUUUGUGGUGUGGUGGGGUGUUUGUGUUGGUGGUUUGGUGUUGGGGGGUGGUGGGGUUGUGGGUUGUGUUGUGGUUUGGUGGGGUGGGGGGGUUGGGUGGUGGGUGGGGGGUGGGGGGGUGGGGGUGUGGGUGGGUGGGGUGGGGGGGUGGUGGGUGGUGGGGGGGGUGGGUGGGUGGGGGUGGUGGGGUGUGGGGGGUGGUGGGGUGGUGGGGUGGUGGGUGGUGGGGGUGGGUGGUGGGGUGGGUGGUGGUGGGGGUUGGUGGGGGGUGGUGGUGGGGGGUGGGGUGGUGUUGGGGGUGGGGGUGGGGGGUGUGGUGUGGGUGGGGUUGGUGUGGGGGGGGGGGUGGGUGGGGUGGGUGGGGUGUGGUGGUUGGGGGGGUGUGGGUGGUGGUGGGGGGGGUGGGGGUGGGGGUGUGUGGGGGUGGGUGGGGGGUGGUGGGGUGGGGGUGUGGGUGGGGGGGGUGUUGGGGUUGGGGGGGUGGUGGGUGGGGUGUGGGGUGGGGGGGUGGUGGGGUGGUGGUGUGGGGGGUGGGGGUGGGGGGUGGUUGUGGGGUGUGGUGGGUGUGGGGUUGUGUGGUGAUGAUUGUUUGUUUGUGGUGUGUGGGUUGUGUGUGGAUGGGGGGUGUGAGGUGGUGGUUGAGGUUGGGAAGAGGAUGGGUUGUUGGGGUGAUGGUGGGAGAAAAGUGGUAGAUAGGAGAGGGGUGGGUUUGACCAUAAAUCAUCACGCAGACCAGUCCCUCAACAGCUUCUGUCAGUGGCAGUCCGGCCUGAUGGGCAAAGGCGGUAAAAGACACGACCAUGCGGUUCUGCUCACGGGACUGGACAUCUGCUCCUGGAAGAAUGAACCCUGCGACACGUUAGGCUUUGCUCCCAUCAGCGGAAUGUGCAGCAAGUACAGAAGCUGCACCAUCAACGAGGACACUGGGCUGGGCCUGGCCUUCACCAUUGCACAUGAAUCUGGACACAAUUUUGGCAUGAUCCAUGAUGGAGAAGGAAACCCCUGCAGAAAGACCGAAGGCAACAUCAUGUCCCCCACGCUCGCUGGCAACAACGGCGUCUUCUCCUGGUCCACGUGCAGUCGCCAAUACCUCAGCCGAUUUCUUGGAACAGCUCAGGCUUCCUGUCUGGUGGACGAGCCGAGGCAGAUUGGCCAGUACAAGUAUCCAGAGCAACUUCCAGGGCAGCUGUAUGACGCAGAUAUACAGUGCAAGUGGCAGUUUGGGCUCAAGGCAAAACUCUGCAGUCUAGAUUUUGUAAAGGACAUCUGUAAGUCUCUGUGGUGUCAUCGCUCUGGGCAGCGCUGUGAGACAAAGUUCAUGCCAGCGGCAGAGGGCACCAGCUGCGGCCCGGACAUGUGGUGUCGGAGGGGGCAGUGUGUGAAGUACGGGGAGCACGGCCCAAAGGCGGUCCACGGGCAAUGGUCCACCUGGUCCGAGUGGUCCGACUGCUCCAGGACGUGUGGGGGCGGGGUCAUGUAUCGGGAGCGCUCCUGCAGCAGUCCAAGGAACACUUUGUGCUUCAGUCGAACUCUAAGAAAAUAA